UGUGGGUCAGGUCUGCCCUGGAAGGAAGCUGGGUGAGUGCUGGUUUUUGCUGAAGGAACUCCAGCUCCCUCUGCUUGGCAAUUAUUCACAUUGUCAUGAUGCAGAUAAAAUCUGCUGGUUUGUGUGAAGGGCUUGUAUAAUAAUUGAGGGUUUUCCUGAAGUAAUGGAGCAUCUCUCCUCUCCUUUCUCCUUAAAAAGCCAAGACCUUUGCAUCUGCAGCCACCAGUCUAAGCCUGUGGGGGUCCUGACAAACUGAACUGAUGGUAGCAAGCCCCUGCAUUUCUGGGAUGGGAGACAACUGCCUGACUUUGGCACUAUGAAGAGCAAAUUUGAGGCCCUUUUCUCAGUUGUCUUCAGAGGACAGGUAGGUGCUCCCCACAGACAACUUUCUACUGCUGCUCUGGGGGCUGGGGGUUGCUCAGCAGCAGAAAAACAGGGGUGGUUUAAGUGUGAAGAAACCCAAGGUGCCCCUCCCAGAGAAGUGGUUUCCCCCCCAUUACCAUCGUUGUGAUACAAAGGCAAAAGCAAAACUGUGCUGACUUCUUUCAGUUGACAGCUCAAGUAACUGGCAGACAGCAGCCCAACCUGGGGCUUGGGACUCUUUCCUCAGGGCUUUAACUCAUUGUUCAGACUGAGGGAGCAACUAAAAAGGCCUUUGAAAAUGCUGUGGAUGUUGUUUCUCCCAAAUGCAUCCCUCUUUCUCCUGCUUCUCCCAUGCUUCCCUGCCCAGGAUGAUGGAGGAAAUGAACAGUCCACAGACGUUAUCAGUGCUUGGGAAGGAGACUCCAUCAACAUAAUUUGCCCAAUGAAUGGUUCACAAUGUCAAGUGGAGAUGGUCUUGAGAGCUAAUAGACAGAGUCUCGAGGUGAUAUAUUGUCCCAAGGAGAAACUUCCAUCUGUCAAUCCUGCCUUUGCUAAUCGCACCGAGUGGUCAAAGGAAGGGGAGAAUCUCAGGAUAACCCUGCACAGGUUACAGGAAUCUGAUUCCGGAACCUACGUGUGCUGUGAGACGGUUGAAAUCGAUGGCAAUCCCAAAGAGAUAUAUAGGAAGAGAACCAUAGUAGUGGUCAAAGCUAUGUCCAGAAGGCCUGUGGAGCAGUCACCACUCCAUGCCAACCCUGAGCAAGGCCAGUCUGUCAGCAUCACCUGUGUGUUGAAAAGCUCAGUUGAACAUGAGUUCUUCUUGUUCAGGACUCACUUGCAGCCUCGUAAAGUUCUGUCUGUGUCAAAUCUCAACGUGUCAAAGGUUUCUCCUGACUUUGGGAAUCGCUUGGAGUAUUCAAGGGAAGGAAGUAGAACUGUGGUGACUCUACACAAGCUACAGGAAAAGGACAGUGAUAAUUACGUCUGUGCCCAGGAGGUGAAGGGUUCCCCUCUGCUCACAGCGAUUGGCACCAUGGUGCUGGUUAAAGAGGCAUGUGAGAAGAGCUCCUGGGAGUUUUAUUGCCUUCUCGUGGUGGUGGCUCUGCUGUUCUGUGCCCUGGUGUGCUGCACCUUGUACCGUGUGGAUGUGAAGAAAUAUUUCCAGAAGAAAAAGCCCAAUGUGGUAUAUGAAGACAUGUCCUACAACUCCAGACGGAGCACCCUGGUCAGGAGCAACACCUAUUCCAAAGGUGAAUAAACUUCUGCCAGCUGGGACCAUCCCCUCACUGGCAGCUCUGAGAGCUGCUUUAUGAAAUUGCUAUCACCUUCUUUCCUCAGUGGAAGGAAAAACCUCAUAUCCAAGGCUGUUUCUGCUUUUUUUUUAAUGUUUUUUUUUUUUUUUUUUGCAAUGUACAGAAAAUUUAGCAAAAUGCGGGUACCUUGGACACGUGUAUGCAAUUCAGUGUGGAAAAGCAGCAUUUCAGGGCUAAAUGUGACAUAUGGGCUUGUUUCUUUCUUAAAUAAUCCAUUCUGGGAAGGUGGGAUGGAUGGGAAGGUCUGAUUCUGAGCUUUGCUAAGCCUCAGGAGGAGCACACGGGUCUGUUCAAUACUUUGCCAUGGAUUCCAGUUCCCUCAUGGAUCCUUGCCCAAGAGCUCAGGCAGCUAAAAUUACUCAAGAGUUACAGCAGGGAAAUCUAUUUUGAAGUUUUCAGAAACGUGGCAGGGUGAAAUGCUGGAUCCAUGUGGGCUCACCUGCUCCAAGGUCCUGAUGGUCCCACAGAAACACAAUCAAGUCUAGAUUUUAGUUGACUGCCUCUGUCAGAGCCACUCACAUGGACUGAUGGGGGUCUUGAUGUGGCUGGUGAGCAAAGUGACUAAAUGUGGGUCCUGGUGGCUUCUGGGUGUCUUGGUUUGAACAGACAGGUGUCUGCUAAGGAAGGCAGGGGUCUCCCUUGAAAUGGAAAAUGUAAACCCCCUCCCUCUGAAUUAUUAUAAUUUUUCAUUCCAACCUGGGCAUGAUCUAAAGCCCCUUCUUAUCAAAGGGAUUUAUCAAAACUCACCUCAGGCAAGAAGAGGCUAAGUUUGGGUUGGUAACAGCUUCUAGAACAGGUGCCUGUGGGGAGCUGGGCCGAGGAAGGGCUCAGCCUCCUCCAGGGCUGUUUUGGUUUUGCAGGGUUGGGGCCACUGUGAAAAGUCAAAAAUCUUUCACAAAGGAAUGCUGAAUUGCCUUGGAACAGGGCAGGGCUGCUCGGGGUGGCCUCCUGUUGCUGAGGUCAGGCUGAGACUGGAGUUUCUCCCUAUUGAUGUGAUUGUUUAUUUUUUUUUUUUUUGAGGGAUUAGGGUCGGUUUGUCUUUGAUGAGUGCAUAGCUGGAGCAGAGACAGGCACAAAGGAUAAUUCCUCUUCAGGGCUGAGCUCUGACAAGAUCCCAGCUUGCUAAGACAAUCCUGCCCCUCAGGAGGGCCCAUUUCCCUCCAGAUGUUAUUGCUCAUGAAAUGCUGUGCACCAGACCUGAGGGAGAAACCCCCUCACUGUGAGGGGUGGGUGGUGCAGGUUCACCUUGUGAGCAAAUAGGUGCUGUCUUCACAUGGCCAGACCUAUUUGUGUUUGUGCUUGUGUUGGGUUUUGUACAGUUUCUCGAUAUUUUCAUACAUAUAUUAAAAGCUGUUUCAAAUAUCUUGCAAAUAAAUGUUUCUUUUAGUAGUUUGUUGUGUUUUGGUUUUCUUUUUAAAUAGUGAUUCAAGGCUUUUUUGAAAAUUCUGUAUAAACUGCCCCUAACAGCAUCCCACUAGACAGCAUUAUAACUGUUUUCCACUUUAUUACAAAAUCUGCAAGUGAGGGUUUUGGGUUUUUUAAACCGAUCACUGAAGAAAACAGAAAAGAACCCUUCAGACCCUGUGUAUUCCAUGUCUCAUUGCCCAAACUUUUCUUGAAUUCUGCUUGGUGCUGGGACCAAUUCUGGCUUUGUCCCUGGAAAAGCCCAGCUCAGGGGUGGGUGAAGAGCUGAGGAAGAACCAACAAAUCCGGUACCAACCUAGGAACUGAGGUGCCCAUAGUCAAUCACCUUUCAUCACAUUUUCGUUUUUGGAACAAGGUGCAGGUUUAGUCAAAAAGGGGCAAAAGUCCUGAGAGCCAGCACAGGGAGGUUUACAAUGAGCAGAGUGACAUUUGAGAUCAGCUUUCUGUAGAAACACUGCUGUGCAAACAUAACCACAAUAGUGAAGAAAAAAAAAAAGCUGUGAAAAGAAACAGUAGUGGAGGUGGUUUUUGGUUUGGUGUAAACUAAUUAAAGUAAAAAAGAGAAGUAACACCUUUCUGAGGAAAAUUACACACACUGAGCCAUUUCAAGGUCUGCACUAUUAACUCAAGAAGUGGUGAAUGAACUGGUAGGGAAUUUAGCUCCAGAGUGUCAGGGAAUAAUUGGGGAUUUAAUAAAAUUAAUUUUAUUUUAAAUAAAGAGGGCUGGAGCAUUCUGAAGAUGCAGAGUUGUCUCAGAUCUACACUGGAAAGCAGAAAAACUGAAAUUUUCACCCCCAGAGUUGCAGACAGAAUUGCUCUGGGCUAAUUCUUUUGCCUUUGAAUCUUUUUCUGUCUUGUCUCAGCCUCUGGAGAAGGAAAUGGUUUUCAGGGAGAGGUGGGAAAUGCAGUUCUGAGGCUGGGAUGGGCCCUGCAGCAGUGAGAACAGUAUCAGGGUAUUGGUGA